GUGUGCCGAUUGUUGCUUUUGUUGUUAUAACUAGGUGACGAUAUAGUUUGUGGGAAACUUUAAAGCGAUCAGUGCAUUUUUCGACGACAAACGAGCACAACGAAUAAGUCGCGAAAGCGCAGCGAGUGAGAAUAAUAAAAAUAUUACAAGAAAUAUUUAAAAUAAUAAAAACAAAAAUAAAAAAAAAAACAUAGUGAAGCAAACAACAAACGUUGUCAUAAACUUUUAUUAACGAUUUUAUAAAAAUACCGUUUGUUGGUAGCAAAGCAAAAUAGCUCAUAAAUCUUAAACGAUAGAAAUAUACACAUAAACUUUCCUCAGAGACCCGCGUAGUUGAUAAAACAACCUUCAGCUAAUCUGCGGCUAAGAUAAGCAAAAGCGCGCAGGUGAAAACUUGAAAACUUAAAACUCAAAGAUAUGAAUAAAUUCGCGGUGAACGCGCAGACAGUGCGCGAUUAAGUGGACARCAGGCAUAGUGUGCGCGAGACACCAGCGCUAGUGAAAACGCSGCGUCAAGGACAACACCUAAGCGCUGCGYUUACAGUUUUUAAAAUUCUUUUUGAAAAAUAUAGACGCUUAAAUUAAAGUGUACAGUUUUUGUAGCGCGCUACUAUGUUUUCGCUCGCUAAACUCUGCGCGCUCUGCGCUGUAAUCGCACGCAGGAUCAUCGUGUGUGGACGGCCAGCGUAGCGCUGCCGGUGAACACCACCAUCAAUUAUCGCUACUUCAUUGCGGCCAUAGACAAUGCAACUGCUGUGAUACAGGUGCGCCGCUGGGAAUCCCAUAUCAAUGCGCGCAGCUUUCAAGUGGGCACUGUUKCGGGCAAUCGCAGCGAUACCUGCGGUUGGAUCGAUCCGCAGCGGCGUGAAYUGCAACGCGGUUGGUUGAAUGCGGGCAAUAUUGUACAAUUCAAGUUGUUUCGCAAUCCCUUGCAUGUGAAUGAAACGAGUGCCGGUAAUGAGGAGUUGCGUUUCAAGUUGCAGCCGGUCGAGCCGUGUCGCCUGUCCGCAAUAUUGCCCUCGGCGAAGGCGCACACAGAGUAUGUGCGUAUGGUGUACGGUGACAGUUACUUGCGUACGCAACCGGAGUUUGGUGUGCCCUACAAGCCCAACGAUAUAUUGAUAUUUCAGACGACCGUGUCGCAGCUGGAUAAUGUCGCCUAUCUGUUGAAGCUGUAUGCGACACAGAAUGAUAAUGAGCUUGUGCGUCUGAUAGGCUAUCAGUAUAUUUAUCCGGAGUUUUUGAAAGGCACCGAAGGCCGUUUCARCAUCAAUCUCUUAUCGCCCGUGUGGCUGAAUGCUAUCGGCAGUUUGGAUGUACAGUAUUUGGUAAUUAAACCCUUACCGAACUCGUCUGUCGAUUUUCACACUUCUUUUGUGGAUUAUUGGCGCAGCAAUUGGACGUCAUUGGAUGUGGGACAUCGUGGUUUGGGUAAGAGUCUGAAGCAGGCAACUAAUGCGCCAGCAAUAAUUGAGAAUACGGUGGCGUCUAUGAAGGCCUCCACGGAGCUGGGCGCUGACUUGGUCGAAUUUGACGUGAUGUUAACUAGCGAUUUGGUGCCAGUGAUUUACCAUGACUACUAUAUUUAUGUCUGUAUGGAUCCCAAGACGCCCACUAGCAAAGCUGAUCUCACCGAAGUACUAAUCAAGGAUAUCACCUAUGAGCAGUUAAAGAAUUUGAAAACCUAUCAGGUGGUGGGCAAUAAAAUCAUCGAAUAUCCGGCGCACAAUAAUGUGGAGCAAGAGGAUCAACGACUCUUCCCGCUGUUCGAAGAUUUCCUUACCAAAGUGAAUAAGUCGGUCGGUUUCAAUAUUGAAAUCAAAUGGCCGCAGCUGAUAUUGAAUGGUGAGCGCGAGAGCGUACAAACUAUCGAUAAGAAUACCUAUGUGGACCGCAUAUUGGAUGUGAUGUUGCGUCACGGUUGUGGCCGUCUGAGCUUCUUCUCAAGUUUUGAUGCCGACAUUUGCACGCUGUUGCGUUACAAACAGAAUAUAUAUCCGGUCAUGUUUCUCUCAUCCACCAUACUCGGCGUUUAUGCGGAUCCACGCGCAGACACGCUGUACGACACCAUUAAUAAUGCGCAAGCUUUCGACUUGGCCGGCAUUGUGCCAAAUGCUGUACACAUAAAGAACGAUCCAAAAUGGAUUGAAAUAGCGGCAAAGCAGGGUAAAAAGGUCUUCCUUUGGGGCGAUGAGCUCAAGAAUACUGAAACGAUUGAAUGGUUCAAGGCGCAAGCUCCAACCGGUGUGAUUUAUGAUCGUGUGGACUUAUGGUUGGCAGCGAAUAAGCGCAGCGCUUUCGAGCUCGAUGCUGACUUGCCUGAUUUCUUCCGUUUGCAAUGUUCGCCGCAUCAGCAGAAGCCUGUGAACUCAACUAUCGAGAGUAUACUUAGUAAUGUGAAUUUGUUGUAGUUAUUUUGCMUAGKGUUAAUUUGUUUGUAGGCUUAUUGUUAUACAASAAGUAAAACUUGGUUUGAAUGUUCCUUA